AUGACCUCAGGAACUUUGGAAGAGCCAGAACCCGGGACAAGACACGAUUGGAGAAGCGCAGAGUUUCUUUGGGAUCUCAAGGAUUCCUGGUCUUUCUUCGCCAAUUUGAGGGACGCGUAUCGACUAAUCAAAUUGACACGCAAGUCUCUGCUCUCACCCGCGGUAAUUUCCCAGCGUCCAAAAAAUAUCAAUGGGGUUAAAGCUGCGGUGAAAACCUUCCGUCUUGAUUCCAAAAGUGGAACAUUAAGCACCGAAGAGCACAGCACACGACGCAAGAUUGUAUAUGGUCGCUAUGCUGAAGUAAUGAAUUACGUUGAGCGUUGGUCAGGUGAGGGAUCUACGAUAGACUUGGAUGAAACUAUCGAAGUUGUUGACUUCGUGAAGAUUAUUGAUUUCCUGUCACGGCUCCAGCAAGAGAAAUGA